UUGUCUCGUCUCGUUGCGUCGCCUGUAAAACUCCACCAUCAGACCCCAAUAAAGAGGGUGAGAGGUUGGAGGUGGAGCCAUGGAAGGUGGGAGAGAAAUUGGGGCUUGGGAGUAAAAAAAUUUCAGUAAAAAAUUAUCCGGCGAUCUGACACGUUUCGUGUGUCUCCAAUGGCAACGUAGAAUCUCGGAACACGUGGUUCCGAAGGUGCCUUCGUUGUCCGAUUCAUGGACAGCUUAUAUUCAACUUCCAACUUCACUCGCGCAGAAAGCUUGAGCCGUGAGCGAGAUUGGAAGCGAUGGCGAGAGUUCACUGAGUGAGAGUGAAGGAGGAACUAACAGUGAGCAAGAGAGUGUGAAAGAGAGAAAGAGCUUUUUGCAGUGUGUUGAUCGUCGGAGAAAAGCGUCACUUGUGUGUUUCUCGCCGGAAAACGUCAGAUACCUACUAAAUGGGUAUUGAGAAGUCGCCGGAGUGGCUACCGCCGGGCUGGAUUCGGGAAACUAAGGAGCGAUCGGACGGCAAGACGGAUUCGUAUUAUAUUAACUUGAAGACUGGAGAGAAGUGUCGUUCCAAGAUCGAAGUUGCUCGCCAUACUAAAUCUGGAAAUCUCUGCAAUCGCAUGCCUCAACAAAUUAAAAGAUGCACAAGAGACAAUGAGAAUCAAGUUGUGCAAAUGGAGGAUGUUCCCAAGUGGUUACCUACUGACUGGAGUAUGGUGGUCCAAACCAGAAAGAGUGGUAAUAGAGUUGGACAAAAAUACAAGUGUUACAUUGCUCCAAUCACUGGAUUCAAAUUGUAUUCCAAGAGACAGGUCUUCAGUUAUCUCAAGACUGGGAAGCGACGUAGUCGUGCAUCUGAACCGAAUGAAAGAGACAUUGGAAUGCAUUCUACCGAAUCUGCAAGAAAAGUUGUAGUGGAGAAGCAUACAGAAGAGGUGUUCCCCCUGGGAUGGAUUAAGGAAAUCAAGGUUACUGAACUGGCAUCUGAACCGAGCGGAAGAGACAUUAAAAUGCAUUCUACCAAAUCUGCAAGCAAAGUUGUAGUGGAGGAGCAUACAGAAGAGGGGUUGCCCCCGGGAUGGAUUAAGGAAAUCAAGGUUACUCAACUGGCAUCUGAACCGAACGAAAGAGACAUUGGAAUGCAUUCUACCGAAUCUGCAAGCAAAGUAGUAGUGGAGAAGCAUACAGAAGAGGGGUUGCCCCCGGGAUGGAUUAAGGAAAUCAAGGUUACUCAACUGGCAUAUCGAAUCAGAAAAGACCCGUAUUACAUUGAUUCUGUAACUGGAUAUGAAUUCCGCUCCAAAAAGGAUGUUUUUCGCUAUCUCGAAUCUGGUGAUAUUCGAAGGUGUAAAAUCAGACCAAAGAAAAGGCAAAUAAGUGGCAUGGAGUCUAUAGAUGGAGAGAUCUUUCCACAUACUGCAGAAAAAAGACAUAAAAUAGAGGGCAAUGCAACAAGGAGAAGCCUCUUCACUGGUCAGAGCUCAAAAUCAAGUAAAGCAGUCGAGGAUGAACUGGUUCUGGAAUCCUCUGUGGUGGAAGAAUGCUUACCACUAUCAAGUGCUGCUUUAGAUGGGGAAAACUCUCAAAUGCUUAGUGAAGCUCACCAAGAAUCUGAAGGCAUAAAGAAUGUGGAAUGCAAACUGGUCUGUGCUGAAAAUGGGUUCAUGUCAGCACCUGGGGCUGAGGUCUCUCCAGAGAGGGAGUCCAUGGAAAAACUCCAUUCUGCAGAUAAGGAAAGCUCUAAAUUGAUUAGUGGAGCCCAAGAAUCUGGAGGCUUAGGGAAUAUGGUCUGUGCUGAAAGAAGUCUUAUUUCAGAUCAUGCAGCAGAUAUGUAUCCAGUGAAGCAGCCUUCAGAGAAACCACAUGAUGCAUAUGGGGAAAGUUCUAGACUGAUUAGUGCAGCCCAAGAAUCAAGAGGGUUAGAGAAUACGGAAGAGAAGAUGGUAUGUGUUGAAAAAGGUAUUAUUUCAGCUCCUGCAGCCAAGAUCUCUCCAGAGAAGCAGCCUUCAGAGAAACCACAUUCUGUCAACAGAGAAAGCUCAGAACUGUUUAGUGUAGCCCAACAAGAAUCAGAAGGGUUAGUCCAUGCUGAAAAUGGGUUUAAUUCUGCUCCUUCAGCGAGGGUCUCUCCAAAGAAGCAGCUCUCAGAGAAAAGUCUUGGAAAGAAUAAAAAAAGGGCCCAGCUUUGCACAAGUAAUUCCCAAGAUGGAAAAGAACUGCCCGUGCCUCGUCGAGCUUCAAAACGGCUUGCUGGGCUCCGAGCUGAGUUGGCACCAAAUUUGGAAAUGUCAGAACGGUCUCUUGGAAUGGUGGCUAAGCAGUCUGUUGAUCUGGAAGCAAAUCCAGCCAUAGGUGUCAACCCAAGUAGUUGCAAUCUUCAGGCAUCUAUGCAGGUGGUGCCACCUGAGGCCGCAGCUAGAGUAGCAACCACACCUUAUACUUCCAGAGGUUCGGGAGUGUUGUUAGAUGGAAAUUCAUCCAAGGAAGGUGACAAGCCUCCUGGGGACCAAGCUGUUAUGGAGGACCUCAUUGGUAAGCUUGAAAGUGAGAAACAGUCUACAGAGAAGCCAGAAUCACCAUUCGUCCUACCUUUCGGGGACUCAUGGCCAGAUCCCUGCCUUGAAUUUGCAUUCAAGACACUGACAGGUGCAAUUCCGGUGGAUGAUAAUCUAGUUAUUGGGGAAUACUUCCAACCAAAUCUUAGCGUGGGUCAGGAUCAGAGCAGAAGUAGCUUCACAUUGCCAGAUCUUGGCUUAGAUGGCCCUCGUCAAACUGAUAGUAUGUUCCAAUUUGGUACAGCAGAGAAACCUACAGCCAAACAGCAGUCUCCAGGGAAGGUAAAAUCUUAGUAGAGGUAGUAAAUCCAUGGUAAAUGGACUCUGUAAAAUAGAUGGUCAAGUACUGUCCGGGUACCAGUUAUAUUGGCCCUCUUCUUUUUCGUCGGUCUGAUGGUAUUAACCUUUUAUGAACAGAAGUUUAAUCUUAUAAAUAUCCUCACUAUGGUAAGUGGAUCCA